GGCAAGGCUGGGUGAGCGUUCGGGCCGGCGGGGGCGCUGACCAGGAGCUGGAAGCGGCCGCCACGCGGGCGUGAGUGGCUGGCCGAGGCGGAGGCGCGGGGAGGCGGCGUAGGUCGCGUGGGGCGGCCCUCCUCGCUCAGCAUUAUGGAUCCAAGCCUUUUGAGAGAAAGGGAGCUGUUCAAAAAACGAGCUCUUUCCACUCCUGUAGUAGAAAAACGUUCAGUACCUUCUGAGUCAUCAACUUCAUCAUCAUCGAAGAAGAAGAAGGCAAAACUAGAACAUGGAGGGUCAUCAGGCUCUAAACAAAAUUCAGUUCUGGAGGCCGGGAAAUUCAAGAUCAAGGUGCUGGCAGAUUCCAUGUCUGAUCAUAGCAAUGGAUCAUUUAACUUGAAAGCUCUUUCAGGAAGCUCUGGAUAUAAGUUUGGCGUUCUUGCUAAGAUAGUGAAUUAUAUGAAAACGCGUCAUCAGCGAGGAGAUACACAUCCUCUAACUUUAGAAGAAAUUUUGGAUGAAACACAACAUUUAGAUAUUGGACUCAAGCAGAAACAAUGGCUAAUGUCUGAGGCAUUAGUCAAUAAUCCCAAAAUUGAAGUAAUAGAUGGGAAGUAUGCCUUCAAGCCCAAGUACAACUUAAAAGAUAAGAAGGCUCUGCUUAGGCUCUUAGAUAAGCAUGACCAGCGAGGCUUAGGAGGAAUUCUUCUAGAAGACAUAGAGGAAGGACUGCCCAAUUCCCAGAAAGCUGUCAAGGCCUUAGGGGACCAGAUAUUAUUUGUAAAUCGUCCUGAUAAGAAGAAAAUUCUUUUCUUCAAUGAUAAAAGCUGUCAGUUUUCUGUGGACGAAGAGUUUCAGAAACUGUGGAGGAGUGUCACUGUGGAUUCAAUGGAUGAGGAGAAAAUUGAAGAAUAUCUGAAGCGACAGGGUAUUUCUUCCAUGCAGGAAUCCGGACCAAAGAAAGUGGCCCCUAUCCAGAGAAGGAAAAAGCCUGCUUCACAGAAAAAGCGACGAUUUAAGACUCAUAACGAACACAUGGCUGGAGUUCUGAAGGACUACUCUGACAUUGCUCCUGGCAAAUAGUGAACGGUUUUGUAGGCAUGACUCUGGGCCAGCUGGUUUCCAGGAGGUCCUGGUGCCGUGGAAGGAAGCCCAGUGGCCCCUUUCGCCACUAGUUCUCAUAUCAGCCCGGUCAGCCCUGCUCCCCUCGCAGACAGGCUGUUUGUGGGUGCGGCUCUGUGCACAGGCAUGCACAUGUAUGCACAAACCCUCUGAGUGCCCCUGCAGGUCUCAGGUCCUCCUGCUCAGGAAGCUGGCUUUCCAGGAGACCCCGUGGCACUCUGGGUCCAACUGACACCCCCCUCUGGGAUUCUGGGUCAGGUUGAAGAACAUGUCAGAAUUAAGAAAUGUUUUCCCCAGAAUUUCACUAUAAAAAUAAACAAUGAGUUGAUGUGAUUCUAGUUUCCUAGUAAAAGGUUUAUUUCAGGACAGGAAAAAGUCAUCCCUGCAAACCAAACUUAUCAGCUUACCCAUCUUCGCUCACCCUUUCCAAACUUGCCAAGAGCACUGGAGGGAGGAGGGAAGGAGGGAGCACCCCCAAGCAGCAGCAGCGGACCUGGGGGUCCUCCAUGGCCGCCUGACCGAGGCUGCAUUGGUAGGAUGCCUGCCUUUAAGAAAGGCUGAAGGUUCCUCUCAGUAUGACUUAGGACUGUUAGGAGUCACCCAGCUGCUCUGUCCAGUUAUUACAUCAACACGUGUCCACUGCCUGUGCUCAGCUGGUGGGCAGAAAGGAUGCACAGGCAGAUUCUGCUGCACAGAGAUCCUGGGAGGUGACCCUGGAGGGAAGCCUGAGUGUGCUCAUGUUUGCCUUAUGGUGAGCACAGGGGCCACUGGAAUGCCCACUGCCAGCCCCUGGGACAGACGGAGGAAGUGUGUGUCGGGGCAGAAGCUCCCGUGGGUGGCCCUGACCGUGACUGUUCUCCAGCAGCUGCUCUGGGACUCAAUGCCAGGACGUAACACAUGGCUGCCCCCUUUGAACUUUCUCCAGGGACCAGGCCGGCACCUCUCUGGUGCAUAUCACACAUGCUCGGGAGUCUCCCAGAUCCCCCAGCCAGACUCACAGGAAACAGAUCGUGGGUGGAAGUUGCGGGACCCAGCUCUGACCGCAUUAGGCGGUCCCAACAGUCUUGCAGGGAGAUGAGCUCAGUAAGUGCCCGUGUGGUUAGCAGACGCCGUGGAGGACUGGGCAGUGGCUGGAAGGGGCACCCACCACAGGAACUAGUGAGGACGGGUUCUCAGGCCUGCUCGUACUUUAUAGCUCACAAGGGGCUGAUGAGCAGGCAGGGAGGGGUGAGCUGCACAGGCUGCCUGGGCCUUCCCAGUUCUCACCUCAGCCUGCUGUAUCUCAAGCUGUUUACUUUGGUUUAGCUAAGGGGAGGCCAGAAGAAGAGGAUAGUGAGGUGAAAUCAUUCUCUAAACUCGAAUACCGUGAGGUCUGUUCUGAGCACGGAGCCCAUGUAAAUCUGGGGAAACUGGGUCUCAGUGCGAAGGGUGUCAGGCUGACCCUGACUCCUCUGCCCCCUGUGAAAUGAAGUGCCUGCCAGCCCAUAGCAUCUACCCUCUUACUUGCUGUGCUCUUUUCCCCUUGGCACCUCUCACCACCUACCGGUGUUUAGUAUGUUACUACCCGUCUCCUCCAUGAAGGCAAGGGUUUUGUCUGUGUCUGUUCACUAUCCUCAGCACCCAGAACAGCCCCUUACACGCUACAGGUGUUCACUGGAGAUUUACCGUGUUAAUGAACUGAAGUGUGCUGUGGAGACCUUGGCUAAUAGGAAGGGGAAUGGCCAAUCGGUGAUGAAGUGCCGCUUUGGUUUCUGGGCACACUGCAUCGAGAGAGCAUGGUGCCCGGGGCCCUUCUAGGGAGAGGCAGGGUGACUGUGGAGCCGCAGCAGCUGUCUGGGCCGCGUGAAGACCUAGAACCGUUCCUGCUCUGCUCAGCUCCAAGCUCUGCCUUGACUUCCAGCACCUGGGACUCCCCUGAUGUGGGCUCCAUCCCUGGGCACUCACGUCACAGCCAGAGAUUAAGCCAUCCUGCCCCAAACUAGACAUAAGGAAUAAACACUUCAAAUUCUGGCUUUACUCUUGCCAUGUCCCUCUAAUUUGAUGAGGCUGUAGCUACAUAUGCUUAUAAUUUCUAUGCUGUGGUCUUGGUUCAUGUCCAGGGAAUUUUUCAUGAGUUCUUAAAAAAAACCCCUCCCAGAACCACCCCCAUUCCUAACACUGCUCUCUGUGCCCCCCCCCACCCCCCCAAUUACAUUUGGAUAACCAACAAGGAAAGCUGUGUAACUCUCAUUCCUUGUAAGGAGUGAUUAACAACUGCAGCAUACCUGGGAAAUGGAUCGUUUCCAAUCAGUGUGUAUUCUGGAUUCCCUGCCACAGGCUGGAUCAUUAGCAAAACUCUAGUGCUGGGCAGACAAAGCUUGUACCUGACUAAACACCAUCCAUCAAGGAGGACACUGAACAAAUAGAAAUACCAGUGCCAGCCACGCUCUGACAGCCUUACGUAUGCCACUCGAACGCCCACACCUCACUAGGGAGCGCCCUGAACAAUGUCUCUCCUUUCUCACUAAAACGAGUGUCCACGACUCCUGCCUAUUAGAAUGUAAGCUCCUUUGGGGCAUGGGCCUGGUUUUGCACAUUUUAAUAUCUAGCAUGUAGCAGACACAUAAUAUAUGUUUUUUUUUAAGAAUAGAGAGCUUAUUUCCUUUGAUAGUCACUGGUUUUCCUUUAGAAAUAGCAAGUUAAAGAGGGUCAAUGAAAAAUCCUUGAAGACCUCUGGGCAGAGCAGGCCCAGGACUGCGGAGGGUUUGGAAGGACAACAUCCUGACGCUCUGCAUGUCAGAAGUGACAGCCAGCUUGCACAGAAGGUCUGAUACCAGUUGUCACUCCUGCUCGUCAUCUAUUCUGGUGCCACCAUUCCCUGGGAGAGGAUAGCCCCUCCGGUGAACAGAAGGCCAUGUGGUUGGCACCUACCCUUCGUUUGUCUUUUCUGAGAUACUUGUUUGGCUGUAAAAGGUUUCCAUGAUUUCAUCAGCAUCACUUUUCAAUUCUGAUGUACCUUCCCCAGGAUUACAUAGCCUGGAUAACUAGCUCUCUUAGAAGGAACCUAAGCCAAGAGUCUAGAACAGCGGUUCUUAACCUGUGGGUCGCCUAAGACCAUUGGAAAACACAUAUAUAAUUACAUACUGUUUUUGUGAUUAAUCACUAUGCUUUAAUUAUGUUCAAUUUGUAACAAUGAAAUUGGGGGUCACCACAACAUGAAGAACUGUAUUAAAGGGUCGCGGCAUUAGGAAGGUUGAGAACCACUGCUCUAGAAGGAGCCUGAGGAAAGGAUCCACACUGAACUGAUCUAACCUCAGGUGGGAUGAGAGACUAGUCCCAACCCAACUGCAGUGAGAAAGUACAGUUAUCCAUCCUCCUUCCUAAGCAGCCUCCCUCCUCCACUCUCCAGCCCCCAGAACAAACAAUGCCUCCCUAGGAGAUGCUGCAUCUUUACGCAGACCCUGCAGUGCGUCAUCCGCUGUGCUUCCUAAGGGGGGGCAGCCCCAGCCCCUGGCAGCUGCCGCCACCUCUAGAUUUCUGGCAGAUCGUCAGUGGGGAAGGACAACUUGGACAAUGGAGGUGAGCCCGACACAAAUGAACAGCAGGAUCUCUGGCUGGAACCCAUGCCGCUUUGUAAUAAUCAUGUCUUCCCUUUGGCUACAUACAUGUUUCCAAAAAAAUCCUUCCUCAGGCCCUGUGCCACCACCGUCCUUAGCCAGCCCAACUCGCCAAAUUCAAAGGUACUCUGUCCUUUUACUCACUGUCCUGCUGUAGUGGACACUGCUGACCAAGCAGCUCAGCACUGCCUUGCCAGCUCAGUGCCUCAUCUGCUUCUCUGGCCACUCUUCCCUCGCUGUUCAUCAUCUCCUGACCCCCGACAUCUAGGUGAACCUCCAGGUUCUGUCCCGCUGACCUCUCUCCUAAUGCCAUUACUUUCUCAGCCGUCAGCUUAUCCUGAGGGCCAGAUCUACAUUUCAGCAUACAUGUAUGAGCUCUUUGUGAGCUUCAGAAGUUCAAAUGAUCUCAUCCCAGACAGCUCUACAAAUACUGACCAGCCUCUGGACAUUGAGAGAGAAACACACAGUCACAAAAGAGAGGGGUGCACGUGAGCAGUGCCUUCUGGAACUACACGACGCUACAGUGCUAGACCUAUGUCACCCUGGCAACGGAGGGUCCCACAGGGCCAAACGAUCAAGGCUUUUCUGAAUGAAGAAACAAGGGCUAAGGAUCAUAACUUAAGUUUAAAAAUGAUGGGUGUACGGAUAUGGAACAUGAACUUAGAAAAUCCUGGACCUAACAGACAAUUAAAUACUAGUAUACCUCAAAACUUAAAAGUGGUACUUUCAGGAGGAAAAUGUUUCCCCUAAACAGUGAACUUUUAGAUUUCACAAAAUAGUUCAAUAUUAUAAAGAAUACCUGGGUAUCUACCAGGGACUACUAACUUUAUCUUUCUGAGAAAGGACAAUUAAAAUGCAAUUGCCAUUCACUAACACUGCCAUUUCAUUUAAAACGGGUACUUGAACAUACACCCAUAAGAACCUAAUUUCAGAAUUAGGGACAAAUACCAUCAACUUUUGUCUUGAUCUCCAUCAUAAUAGAGAAGUGAAAACUAGAACAGAUGACCACUGGCCCAAGAGACACACACACACACACACACACACACACACACACACACACACGGGUGGGGAAAAGUAGGUUUAUGGUUGUGAAUCCAUAAAACAGAGUUUACUCUUGUAUUAUUAAUUAUUGGGUUACUUUCCGUAUAACACAUGUAAACCUACUUAUGCCCAGCUGGUAUAUGGGUGCCACUGGUGUAGAUUUUGGUUAGAGGUUAGAGCAGUUUCCCAAAGUGUGUUCUUUGUAAAAAAUUAGUUUCCUAAGAUUCAGUGUAAAAAAAAAAAAAA